UCAUCAGCGGGAAACCAAAAUGGCGAACGUGCUGGGGGAAAAUGAGCCGUUUGUUAUUUUCUGAAGAAGGCAGCAGCCCCGCGACUUUCACGCGCGCGCUCCGAGGAUAGGUCCCGCGGCCCGGAGCGGCGGCUUUACACGGUCGCCCACGUCCAGUUUUGUUGUCUGAAUAUCGUCCGAGCGGCUUGUAGACGCGGAGGAGCCCGAAUGAGAGACUCGGGGGUCGUGGAUCACCUGUCCGUGGGUCACCCCCAGACGAGGCAUCAGGAUGUGUCCCUGUCUCCCUCGAGCCUCUCUGCCCGGGGAGAGUACGGAGAGGACAUGUCCGACAGGUUCGCGGCGGGACAGGACGUCUUGGCCAGGUGGUCAGAUGGCUUGUUCUACUUGGGGACAAUCACUAAGAUAGAUCGGGACAAGCAGCGAUGUUUUGUUGUUUUUGAGGAUCGGUCGAAGUCUUGGGUUCUUUGGAAAGACAUUCAAACAGGGGAUGAAGAUGAUGAUGAGGAGGACAACGACGACAUUGUGUGCUCCAUUUGUCAGGACGAAACGUCAGAGGAACCCAAUGAGAUUGUCAUUUGUGACAAGUGUGGACAGGGCUACCAUCAGCUGUGUCACACUCCCAUCAUCGAUGCUGCUGUUAUUGACUCCGAUGACAAGUGGCUUUGCUCGGAAUGUGAGCCGCCGCCCAUAUCCAAGAGGGGGAGUGCACACAGAAGGGGGGCGUCUGACAGAGCCUACCUGAAGCAGGAGGAGGAGGAGCAGCUCACCGAUUACCAUCUGUCCUUUCCGUACAUCCUGGAUGAGCUGGUGUGGGAUCCGGGCCACAAGACGAACGUCCAGCAGUGCUACUGCUACUGCGGUGGUCCUGGAGACUGGUACCUGAAGAUGAUGCAGUGUAACAGAUGUCAGCAGUGGUUCCACGAGGCUUGUCUCCACUGCCUCCAGAUGCCCAUGCUCUUUGGAGACAGGUUUUAUGUGUUCGUUUGUUCUGUUUGUAACUGUGGACCGGAGUACAUCAGCAGACUGCCCCUCAGCUGGAAGGAUGUGACACACCUGAGCCUCUAUAACCUGAGUGUUAUUCACAAGAAGAAGUACUUUGAUUUGGAGAUGGACCUGAUGGUUUACAUUAACGACAACUGGGAGCUGCUGCAGCUGGGGGAUCUCGCCAAUACGAGAAGAUCACAACGAUACGAAAGAGUUCUGGAGGCAUUAAACAACAAUAGCUGCAUGUUCAUGUCAGGAAAGGAGGUGAAGAAAAAGAAGCACUUGUUUGGCCUCCGGAUCCGUUUCCCUCCUUCUGCCCCCAACUGUGACGAGCCAGCUGGCAGGAUGGUGGAGAAAGCUUCACAUGAGAUCACCAUCAAGGGAUGCAAGUCCACCAAAACCCCAGGCGGCAUGAGCGCUCCCAGUUCUCUAACCAAUGGCACAGAGAAGAAGAAGAAGAAGAAAAAGAAGAAGAAAAACAGGAAGCAGGGAGAACGUUCUCUGGAGGUUCUGGCUAAACCACAACGCUCCAGUGAGCUCUUGUCCCAGCAGGAAAUGAGGAAGCCUCUACCACUCGAGUCCCACACGUUGAAUCAGUUGACCUCUAUCAAGAGUGAGAGGUCUCUGCUGUCCUCAGGGACUUCAGAUGUGGACUCUAUAGGAACCCUGAGCACCCCAGAAACUACCUCAACUAGCGUUUCAAGGCAGUCCAGUCUCUGUAGCUCCAGCAAGCCGCGAACAACGCCCUCCAUCAUGCCCAGCUCCCCGCCGCCUCUAAAGAGGAAACGUGGCCGACCACGACGGGCCCUGCAGACCCCCAAUCCAGAGAUCCCCCCUCCCAGCCACGCUGAAACGAACCCCUCGGCCGAAGAGCUGCUGAGCACCCUCCCCGGCUUUCACUCGACGGACAUAGUUCGCGGCAUGGACCCCAACAGCCAGCUGUCCCACCUGAAGAGCUCCAUCAACAGCUACUUCGGAGCAGAGGGCCGCCUGGCGUGCGGCGAGAAAUAUAAAGUCCUGGCCAGACGGGUCACUCUGGAUGGCAAGGUGCAGUACUUGGUGGAGUGGGAAGGAGUCACUGCUUCCUAGACGCUCCGGUUUGACUCCAGCCAGCUGUGAGGACUCGUAUUCAGAGCAUUAAUUCAGAAAUGCCUUUGCUCGGUGUGGACAGGAGCGUUUUUCCUGUAAAGCCUGCACUGGGACCCAGACCGACUGUCAGAACGUUCAUUUCUUUCACGCGCUUCUUAGACUACAGUUGACCGAUGAAGCUGAAGAGUUGCCAGUGUACCACACACCUUAUGUUAUUGUGCUUCUAUCUGUAAGUCCCUGCUUUGAAUGUUUACAGAAAACCCUGAUGAUCCAAGGAAAGGCUCCUCUGUGCAACAGCUGCACAUGCAGGCAAUUCAGCGAUCUGUGGACGUGCUUGUUUUUUUUUUUUUAAUCCAGAGAUAUGCUUUUCCAUUUCCAGACCAGUUAAGAAUGAAGCUGUUGGUCUGUUGACAGAAUGUAGUCGUCAGGAAGAGGAAAAAAGGGGAGGGGAGGCUUCAUUCAAACAUUGUUUAGCAGUUGCAUUCAUGCAACAAACGACUAUAGUUUGGUUUUCAUUUUUUUUUAAACAAACAGGCUUCAUCCCGGCUAGGAGUACCUCUGGGCUUCAUUGAUCCCGUCCGCUUUGUUUUGUACUCGGUUGUGAGCAGAAGUGGACAAACAGAAGAGACGUGCUGCUGCAAAUGUUUAUUUUAUACAGAAGUAUACCACAUUUAUUAUUAUCUUUCUUUUUGUUCUCUAGCUUGAUUUGCUGUUUAUUUUGGCACAUGUUCUCUGUUUUAAGUAAUUCAUUUGAACAUAUCAAGUCACGCCUGUUGGGUUUACGUCUCAUUUUGAAAGAAUAUUGGAGCUUUUCAUCUUGUACAAGGCAGCAUUUUCCCAUUCAAGGGGAUUUUUUUUUUUUAAAUACUCGGUUUACAAGCAAACUCAAAUGGUUGUUUUAUAAACUAUCCACUCUGCAAAACAAGUCAAGAAAUCUGUAGAAGUAAAACUUGGUGAAUAUGUAUGUUUUUUAAAAAAACAAAUUGAUUUGACUUCAGUAAAAUGAUUAGAAACUUUGAGGAACCAAUUUAGUUAAGACUUGUUGGAGAGAUUAAUAAAAUUGUUGAUAUUGUAAUCCCAGUUCACUCAUGAAGAAUUUCUUUGUGCUGCCUAUGUGUAUGAGUUUGUCAUGAGCAACUUUAGUUAUUAUGACAAUUUGACUCAGGCACUCAAUUGUUUUCAUUUUAUUACUGGAACAUUAAUUUACAUGAAUCACUCAGGGUGUUCCCCCCAAAAUCCACUGUUGUGCAUUGGAUAGAUGUGCAGCUUGUUGUAGGAAUUCAGAAUGGGCUGUUCUGUUGUUGGUCAGUGUUACUCUCAGAUCAUUUUUCUUCAUUUAUUAGGGUCAUAUUCAUCAGUCUAAGCUUUUUGUUUAUUUUGCAAACAUAUUCUUCUACUUCACUGAUCCACUUGCUUCUUCGAUUCAAGUCAAAAAACAAUCACUGGAAAACUAAAAUGCUGUAAGUCAUUGCAAGAGGUAAAUGGUAUUAGUGUCUCAUUUUGGAGAUCAUUCUGCUUUUUGUUGAAGACGCUCUUGAGAGAUGCAGUCAGUGUAUUUUUAAGCCUCUCUCUUCCUCCGGUGUCUCAGCCCACAGCAGGCUUCUGCAGCCAAAGAACAUACAUCAUACGUCUGAUUUUGUUUUGAGAUUCUUCCUACAUUUUUAUGCAUCAUUAUAUAGGUUGACGUGUAACCUGUGAGACUGUUUUGUUAAAUAAAUAAAUAAAACCUGAUAUUUUGGACUGUU